AUGGCCAUAGAUUUUCAAACAGACUCGCUAGAUGACGACAAAGAGUUCUAUAUACCGCUUAUUUUCGUCAAAUCGGGAGGCACGCGGCAUCACGUUGUCCUGGCUCGACGAGGAGGUAUCAAAUUUGAGCGGCCGCGGCCUGGGCGAUGCCUCUUUAGGCGUCCGUUCGACUGCACAUCCGACACGAUGUAUGUCCAUGACGACAAAUGGGACGACUUUUAUCUGCAGCCGAUAGAGCGAAUAGACGUGCCUGAGCUUAUGGACUAA